AGGGGUCUAGGUGGCGGAGACCGUGAGCCAGAGAGAGGCAGUCCUGCUGGCCUGGGAGGAACAUGACGCGUUGUGCAGGGUCUGCGGGAGCGCGGGUCCCGGAGCUGUGGGCUCUCCUGCGGCUGAGAACGACCCCUGGCUGAGAGUGCUUGAGAAAUGGAGACGCGUUCUUCACACACCCCGUGUGGGGAGGGGAGGGCCCGGAGCCUCAGAUGAGAGGUGCGUGCAGUUGGCCCUUGCCUGCAGCCUCGUGAGACCCCAAGGGGGCUGCCCGCUGGCCCCUGCCUGGGCUUCAGACCUGGGGAGUCUGUGAGACAGUAAGCGUGGAUGUGCCAGGUUGACCGGCCCCUGAGUUGCGGUCAUCGGUGGCCCAGCAACAGCAGACGAGUACACCGUCCCUUAGCACCGUGCGGUCCAGGGCCAGCACCCCCCGCCCGGCCGCCUGGAGCCACGUCGCUCUCCACAUCCCCAAACACCUCAGCGAGCCCGUCCCCCCGGCUGGGGACCCCUCACCCGUGCCUCCUGCUGCCCGCCUGCGUGAGUUAGGCCCUCGAUGACCCCCGAGCAAACGGACUUCGAGCCGCUUCCAGCCUCAUCCUUCGGUUCUUCAGUUUCCAGGGAAAGAUCAAGCUCCUUUCGGUAAGAGCCGGGAGGGUCCUUCGCAGCUCUGCCUGCGCCUGAUCGUACCCCUUCCGUGAGCCGUGGUGUGAAGGUGCAUGUCCGUGGCAUGCCGAGUGCUUUGGCAUGGGCCAGACUCUCCAGCUUCACCGCAACACUGUGAGGUGGACACUCGCGGACCCCCAUUUUCCAGGUGAGAAAACCGAGGCAGGAGCCCAGGUUACCUGGCAAAGGUCACACAGUAUCUGAUUCUGACUCCAGAGCCGGGUGCUUCCCUGGCAGCCCACACGCCACGGAGCGUGUGUCCCUGCCCCCGGACAAGCCCCCCUGAGCCUGCGCACCUUCUCCGGGGCGCCUCCCGUGUGCUCCCCAACUCCUCCCCCUCCCACGAACGGGCUGAGUCCCUCUGCUGAGACCCCGCCACGCUCCUCCCGCCGAGGCAGCAGUGUGUCUCACUCAGUCUGUAACAGACACCAGUGUGGGCCACACAGCAGAUCUCUGUCAGUGUGUGAGCAAAAGAGAGAGUGGACUGGUCAGGCAGGGUGCCAGGAGAGGACGGUGAUCAAGGUGGAAGCAGAUUUGUGGGUUUUACUCACAAGGUAGGAGCUGGAAAAAAUUUCAUCGUGAGAAUAUGUCUCGUGCAGAGGAAAAGCGUUUAUUGAAGGAUUUACCAAUGGCCAGUGUGGACCAGAUAUGCCAGGGAAGAGAGUGGGAGGCAUUCAGGACUCGGGGGUGGCUGGUGAGGCCCUGGAGAGGAGCCCGGCGGGACCCAGGUGCCCAGGCUCUAAAGACCAUGAGGUGCCUGGAGCAAGGACCACAGGAGUCCCUUCGGGUGGUGUUAGAAUCGGGGGCAGCUUUCCGUAAGGGGGUGAUGGGUAUGAGCUGGGUGCCCUCCCCGCCUGCCUUCAUCGGCAGCUGGGCUGCUCUAUGCCCAACUCUGGAGACUGAGGACAGAAACUCUGGAGGAUUUGAUGACAUCACAACUUCAGGGCUAUGACGUGCAGCCCAGGACACAUCCUGAGAUGCCUGGGCUGGAAGAAUGACAUGGGUCUGUGGCUAGAGUCUCAGAUCUUGCGCUGGCAGCACACGGGGACGCAGCAGCUGGACUGGGAGCCGCCACACGAGCCGCAGCCCCCUUUGCCGCAGCUGGAGCAGGAGCAGGCUGGCACACAGCAGCAGACGGGCACACAGCAGCUGGAGCCACAGCCAGAGCCACAGCCUCCACAGGAGCCGCAGCCCCCCUUAGACCCCCCGCAGGAGCCACAGCCCCCACACGAGCCGCAGCCCCCUUUGCCACAGCUGGAGCAGGAGCGGGCUGGCACACAGCUGCACACGGGCACACAGCAGCUGGAGCCGCAGCCCCCACAUGAGCCACAGCCCCCCUUGGAGCCCCCACAUGAGCCGCAGCCCCCCUUAGACCCCCCGCAGGAGCCGCAGCCCCCCUUGCCACAGCUGGAGCAGGAGCAGGCUGGCACACAGCUGCACACGGGCACACAGCAGCUGGAGCCGCAGCCAGAGCCACAGCCCCCACAGGAGCCGCAGCCCCCCUUGGAGCCCCCACAGGAGCCGCAGCCCCCCUUGGAGCCCCCACAGGAGCCGCAGCCCCCCUUGGAGCCCCCACACGAGCCGCAGCCCCCUUUGCCACAGCUGGAGCAGGAGCAGGCUGGCACACAGCAGCAGACGGGCACACAGCAGCUGGAGCCGCAGCCUCCGGAGCAGCCAGAGCAGCCCAUGGUUCUGGUGGGUUGAGGGUGGAGUAGGUCAGAGGAGCAGGUGGAGAGAGAGAACGGGCUCAGUGUGGGGCCUCCGGGGCCAGGAGCUUUUAUA